AUGAUGCUGUCACCCCAGUUGUUUUGCAUGACCACAGCACUUACCCUCUUGUUGGUGACUUGCUAUGCUGAAAAAGAGUGCAUAGUUUCUGGAAAAGGAACUAUGGCCACCCAAGGCCAACAAGGGUUGCCACUGUCUCCUGACAUUGAAUUACAAAAAAUGCUUCAGAGUUUGGAAGAUCGAAUUCUACAACUUGAAAGAGUCCUUAUUUUGACUAAACAGAUAACAGAAUAUGGAGGAAAACUUUUUGCUACCAAUGGGAAAUCAGAAGAUUUUGAAACCAUAUUUCACACGUGUAAAAAUGCUGGUGGCUUCAUUGCAUCUCCCAGGAAUGAGGGGGAAAACAAUGCCAUUUUGGAGUUUGUGAAACAGUUUAACACAUAUGCAUAUAUGGGAAUAAAGGAGGGUCUACUUCCAGGUGAAUUCCUUUACCUUGAUAACACAAAGGUGUCUUAUACAAAUUGGUACUCAGGUGAGCCCUCUGGUAGAGGGACAACAACUUGUGUGGAGAUGUACACUGAUGGCACCUGGAAUGACAAAAAAUGCAAUUACGAUCGCCUGACUGUCUGUGAAUUUUAAUCCCUUCUCCUCCUUUUACUUUUGCAUGGCUGAUAACUCUUACAGUCCUGGAAUUCUGUCUGUCACCCACAAACAGGAACCUGUUCUUUCUGCACUGUAGUUAGUGAAUUUUGUGAUGAUUCUGCAGGAGAAUAUGAACAUUAAUAAAAGCAUGAAGUAUUAACUUCUUGAUGUUAGCUUUUUCAUGAAAAACUCUAAGAGGAGGAUAUUUGCACCCCCAACAAUAAGUAAUCCAGCACUUUCCUGGCCAAUCUCUACUUCUUGCUCCCCCACCUGCUGAGAGACAUCAUAAAGCAGUGUCUCCUGCUGAUCUGCUUUUUAACCUUUGCCAGCUUCAACUUGAAGGCAAGUAGAACUGAAGUUAAAAUCAGUAGCUCUUCAG